AUGGCUGUCACUUGCUGCAACUUCACCCAAGCUUCUUCUGGGUUCAUCAAACUCCAGGAGUACAUUCAGCUGCAGAGCAACUUCACAAGGUGCCAGCAGAGGCAAACGUGUAGUGUUGAAAAAGUCUUCCAUAGGAGAUAUGGAGGAAGGUUGCAAGUUGAAAGAUGGGAUCGGUAUAAACAUGUGUUAUGUGCAAGAGGAGUGGAGUUAUCCCCUUCUGUCGUUGGAGACUCAGGAGAGGAAACUGAGGAGGAUAUUUCAAAGGAAACCUUGAUUUGGAGAGCCAUCAAGUUGCCAAUUUACUCUGUUGCAUUCGUUCCUCUCACUGUAGGUAGUGCAGCAGCGUAUUUGCAGACAGGGAUCUUCUCAGCUAGAUGUUAUAUUGUUCUCCUGGCUUCCUCAGUUCUUGUGAUUACCUGGCUCAAUUUAAGCAAUGAUGUUUAUGAUUUUGACACUGGAGUUGACAAGAACAAAAAGGAAUCAGUUGUAAACCUGGUUGGAAGUCGUACAGGAACCUCCAUUGCUGCCUACUUGUGCCUUGCUCUUGGCUUCAUUGGGCUGACAUGGACUGCUGUUGCAAAGAAGAACAUGUCUUCAAUGUUGUUUCUUGUUUGUGCAAUUAUUUGUGGCUAUAUAUAUCAGUGUCCACCAUUUCGGUUAAGCUACCAGGGGCUGGGAGAGCCCUUGUGCUUUGCAGCAUUUGGUCCUUUUGCUACCACUGCUUUUUAUUUACUACAUGGAAGUUCAAGUGUGAUGAACCAUUUCCCUUUAAGUGGAACAGUUCUUUCUGCAUCAAUUCUUGUUGGCCUCACAACAUCUCUUAUCUUGUUUUGCAGUCAUUUCCAUCAGGUGGAAGGAGAUAAGGAAGUUGGGAAAAUGUCGCCUUUGGUUAGACUUGGCACUAAGAAAGGUGCACAGGUAGUGAAAGGGGCAGUCUUGAUGCUUUAUGCACUUUUGGUUGCUUUUGGUCUAAGCAAGGAACUUCCCUUCACUUGUGUAUUCCUUUGUUCAUUGACCUUGCCGAUGGGAAACCUGGUCAUUAGAUUUGUGGAAGACAAUCACAAGGACAAAAAUAAGAUUUUCAUGGCUAAGUACUUCUGUGUAAGGCUGCAUGCUUUGUUUGGAGUUGCACUGGCUUUAGGAUUCGUACUGGCUAGAAAUACAACAUUUACAUCAUGGCCAAUAUUGAGUUGA